CAUCAGCACCGUGGACAGCGCCCCGGGCCCCGUUUCGCCGCCGGCAGCCCACCUGCUUCCCGAGUCAGCACCGCGGACGUCCCUCCUCAACGGGCCCCGCAGCAGGCUCGGAGAGGUCAGCGCCCCCGGAACAUGGCCACCGAGGUCCACAAUCUGCAGGAGCUCCGGCGAAGUGCCUCGCUGGCCACUAAGGUCUUUAUCCAGAGAGACUACAGUGAUGGGACCAUUUGUCAGUUCCAGACCAAAUUCCCCCCAGAGCUGGACAGCCGGAUCGAGCGGCAGCUCUUUGAGGAGACUGUGAAGACCCUCAACAGCUUCUACGCGGAGGCCGAGAAGAUUGGGGGCAGCUCCUACCUGGAGGGCUGCCUGGCCUGUGCCACAGCCUACUUCAUCUUCCUCUGCAUGGAGACCCACUACGAGAAGGUUCUCAAGAAGAUCUCGCGCUACAUCCAGGAGCAGAAUGAGAAGAUCUUCGCCCCUAGAGGCCUCCUACUCACAGACCCCGUGGAGCGUGGGAUGAGGGUUAUCGAGAUCUCCAUCUACGAGGACCGGUGCAGCAGUGGCAGCUCCAGCAGCGGCAGCAGCAGUGCUCCUCCCCCAACACCCCAGGAAAGGAUCCAGGUCUGUCCCGUAGAGAAUUCCCAUCCUGCAUGAUUCUUCACCCCAAAUCCACAGGCCUCGCUCCCUCGGGGCCCUGCUCCCCAUGGCUGUCUCCCAGCACCUGCUUCUUCUGAUGCCACCACGGGGCCUCUGCCUGUCUGUGGUCCUGCCUCCACUGAAUCCCAGGUCUGGAGAGACAGGAGCGGUCAGCCUGUGGGUGCUGUGUGGGGAGCUGUCCAGCCCCCUCCUGACCUCUUCCAGACUGAUGGUGUCCCUGUCCUCCACCCAGAGCCUGGAGGCUAUCUUGACCUUGCCAAGAGGUGUCCAACUCCUGUGACUUUGCAGGCUUCCAGGUGUUAUGCGGGGUCCGGAGAAAUGCUUCCUAGAGAGACGCAGCCUUGGAGGGGGGGAGUUGAACCUCCAGAAAUGAAGCCAACUUCCUGAGAUUAGAGCCUGCAUGUGUGUGAGAAUGAGUGUGUGUGCACGCAAGCACGUGUGUGAGUGCACUGUGUGCAUGAAUGCACGUGUAUGUGUGAGUGCAGGUGUGCAUGAGUGCACUGUGAGCACACGUGUGAGUGCAGGUAUGUGUGAGAGUGCACUUGUAUGUUCCCCUUCCUGCUGGGACAGGGACUGCCCCUCUCUGCAGCCUGUCAUAUCUUCCCACGGGGUGGUCUGUGGCUGCGUCCCGGUGUGGGUCCAGCCUGACUCCCUGUAAAUAAAUGUUCUGAUGCCCCUUGCCCCUUACCUGGGACUGCCAGCUUGACUCUUCUCCCUGGCCUCUCCCCGACCUGCAAGGUUCUCCUCACCUUCUGACUCUACUGCGUACAUUCUAACAAAAAGGAAGUUAAGGUUCCAGGAGAUCAAAGCCAACCUUCCAGGGCCUUCUAUGGCCCAGUCCCAGUCCCCCGUAACAAGGCACCAGGGCCAUGGACACUGCAUACUCAGCCCGCCCGGGCUCAGGGGCCCUCUAAGUCUGUGCAAGCAAGGCUUCCUUGGAAGGUCAAAGGAGAUGCCGACCCGCAGGGGAAAGGCAAACUCCUUUCUUGAAAGGGGGGUCCGGCCAAUGAGGCCCUGGCGGUGGAGGCCCAGUGGGGCCAGUGGGAAGGAAGCAGCCCUGUCCUGGUGCCUGAAGAUGGACAGGAGGCUGCCUGCCUCAGGAGGUGCUAAAGUGGAUAUGAAAGACCAGCCACUGCAGGGAGCUUUCUGGAACCAGAGGGCCUAAUUUUCUUUUGGACAUGGGAGUGUAGGAAGGUUCCAGGGAGCUGGAGAGGGCUGCCCAGCCCCUGAGUCUAAGUGGGUCCCCCAGGCAAGCUGAAGCCCAGGGAGCUCGACCACAGCCCCCUGACCCUGGCCUGUGCCCACCCUGGCCCACCGUGUGGCUGGUGUGCGUCUUCCGUGGCAUAACUAGGCACAGGCGAUGCCGUGGCCUUCCGUUUUAUUAUUUCUUUUUCCAAUAAAAGGUCUUGCCCAGCUUGAGGCUCUGUGCUGCUUCUCUUCCUCAUGGCGAUGGGGUACAGAACUCUGCCCCAGGACCACAGUGAGGGGAUGCUUGGCUGCCCACCCACCUCACGCUGAGGAGGCGGGGCUGAGUGUCUUCCUGAAGAGGCAGUGCCCUGACACAGGCAGGAUGGACCCUGUCUUCUUGGAGCUUGUAGUCUAGUGGGGAGGCAGACACUCUGCAUCCUCUAACUUGGAGCCUUUAUGCAGCCCUUGAAGCCUUGGGUAGGGGGAAGAGGCUGGACUGAAAGCCAGGUCAAAAGUAAGUCAUGAAUUAAUUAGAUAAAAAGCCAUUUCUUGAGCUCUUACCCUGGGUUGGGCCCUGUUAAGGGUUGGAUCACACAGGUCACUCAGUUCUAAAGAAAACUAUGUGGGUGCUAGAACCUAGCAGGGUUGUGCCUUGGAUUUUAUGAAAUUAAAUAACACUUAAUGAGCACCUACUAUGUGCCAGAUACUUUGCUAAAUACAUAUGGCAGAGGUGUGGAAGGGGAUUUAAAGAUCAUCUAAAUGAGGCAGUAUGAGGCCCAGAGAGGGUGAGUGACUUGCCCCAGGUCACACAGCUGGUCGACAACUGUGCCAGGUUUAGAGCCGAGGUCUCCUGACCCAGCGCUCACUCUGACAUGAGAUGUCAGAGUGAGCAUGGAGAUGACACCCAAGUGGAAGUUGCCUGAGGCUUCAGGGUGGCCAGGGUCACACACAGGUCUGUGGGCCCACAGAAGAUCUUACCAGACUCUGGGGACAAUGACUCCACCUCUGGUGGGGGCUUUGGGGGUGUCCUCUCCGAAUGGGACUCUGGGUGACUUCGAUGCUUGUAUUUUCUGCUUCUAAGAGGAAGCUGGGCCUUUGCCUGAGCAUGAGGCAAGCUGGACUCACUGACUCUGCUCAAACCUGGGGUGUGUGAAACUUGUAACAAUGGAGCUGUUUUUUUUUUAACGUGCGAGUAGGUUCAUUCUGUCCUGUUUGCAAC